ACUAUGUCAAUCACUCUCGUAAAAUCACAGAGUUGACAGUACAGAGGUUUUGAAAAAUGCUAUACACGGCAGUUUUAGUAAUUUCUGUGUUACUUGUAAACGCAGCAUGUGAUGUAGUGAGGAUUCCUUUGAAGCGCAAUAACAACAAUAAGUUACAUGAGGAUUUCGAAUCAUUUAAAGAAAGACAUGUGAAACGGCUCAAGAGCAAAUUUUCCCUUAAUUCUCAAGGCUACCUUCCCCUAACAGAUGUUGAUGAUGUUGAAUAUUACGGAGAGAUUUCUAUUGGUUAUCCCGAGCAAACAUUUACUGUGUUGUUUGACACUGGCUCAGCUGAUCUUUGGGUUCCGUCAUCUACUUGUAGAUUCUGGGACGUAGGCUGCUGGUUCCAUAAUAAAUACAACAGCAAGAAAAGUUUAACAUAUGUGAGUGAUGGCAGACCGUUUAGCAUUCAAUACCUCUCUGGAUCCGCCUCUGGUAUUCUGUCAAGAGAAAAUGUCACACUUGCUGGAGUUUAUGUGACUAAUCAAACGUUUGCUGAGAUCAACCGACCAAGUCUCCAGUUCGCAUUAUCCAAGUUUGAUGGUAUUCUUGGACUGGCCUUUCCAAGUGUUGCAGCCAGCAAUGAGACGCCUGUAUUUGUUAACAUGGUCCAUCAAAAAGAAGUUGCCAAACCAUUCUUUGCAUUUUACCUCAACAAGGACAAAACAAAGGAAGACGGAGGAGAAUUGACUUUCGGAUAUACAAACAGAUCCCAUUUUAAUGAAAAGUUUACGUUUGUUCCCGUCAUCAAACCAGCUAAAUUUUGGUCCUUCUAUUUGGACGGAAUCACCGUCAAUUCUAAAGACAUUGGUAUAGACAACGUCACAGCCAUCGUUGACUCAGGAACUUCCCUCAUCGUUGGGCCGCCAGACCAAAUAAAAGCCAUCAACGAGGCCAUCGGGGCUACGUACAGCCUAGGACUUUACUUUGUGGAUUGCAAUAAGAUAGACACUCUGCCAAAUAUAACUUUCACAAUCAACGGAAGAUCAUUUAAUCUGACAGGACAGGAUUAUGUCGUUGAGAUGAAAAGAUUCGUCUUAUUCAAAAGCUGCAUAAGCGGGUUCAUGGGAGUUGAUGUCGGAUCUCCACUGUUCAUUUUAGGAAAUGUUUUCAUGCGGAGGGUCUACAUUCAAUUCAACACGGGCCAUGGGUCAAUUGGUUUUACCCAUCUAACUGACUAGCCACCAUGCCCAUGAUGGUUAAAACAAGAUAGCCUAUUUACUGAACUAAGGAAUAAAUAAGUAUAACUAUUGAUAACAAGAUGUAAUAUAUUUUUAUGGUAAUAAAUAUUGUUUAACAAAU